AUGUUAAAGAAUUUUAGGCUUCCAAAGAAAGACCAUCAUGGCUCAAAAGGUAGAAUAAGUUCUUCAGAUAUUUCUGGGCCAACACAUGUAUCAGAUACUUUUAAUGGAGGAAGUGAUGGAAGGACAAGUUCUGUUAAAUAUGCACCAGAAUCUUCUAAAAGGAUCUCACAUUCUAGUGACAACAGAUAUUCACCAUCAAAAGGUCGUAACAGUACGAGGCAUUCUCAUAAUAAAGAUCUGUUGUCGCCAGAAAAGGUUAUUAAAGCUAAAAAAUCUUUUAAAGCACAUACAGCUACUGGAAUAUCCUUUAAUGAAGGUGACUUUUUCUAUGUUAUCGAUGAGAAUGAUCAGUGGUUUGAAGCCGUUAACCCUUCCACUGGGACACAAGGCCUUGUACCCAGAGAAUAUUUUGAAGUAUUUGAUAAAAGACCUUACUCUUCAACCGACAGAAUGUCUACUGAAAUGUCUGGUAAUAUUACAACAAAGUCUACUUCAUCAAAGAGGAGUUCCAAUGAAACUGAAUCACAGAAAAUGGGUUCGUUGUAUGCAAUAGUUCUUUAUGAUUUUAAAGCAGAAAAACCAGAUGAACUGACCUCAUAUGUUGGUGAAAAUUUAUUUAUAUGUGCACACCAUAAUUAUGAGUGGUUUAUUGCUAAGCCAAUAGGCAGAUUAGGUGGGCCAGGUUUAGUACCUGUCGGAUUUGUCAGUAUUAUUGAUAUAAAGACAGGAUACGCUACUGGUAAUGAUGUAAAAGAAGAUAUAGAUUCUGUUAAUCUGCCAACUAUUCAGGAAUGGAAAAGAAACGUGGCCAAGUAUAAAGCCAGCAACAUUGCCUUAGGUCAAGUCGAUCAUAAUCAAAAUAGUGAAUCGAAACCACAGAAGGAUGACAAGGAGUCAUAUUAUAAUGACUACACGUCUUCACAAAAAUCAGUCGAUAUUGGAAAUGUUCAUAAUGUUAUUAUCGAUGCAGCAAUAAAUUUAUUUAAAUUUGAAGACAAUAAAUAUUGGUUUUCAUUAGAAUGUCAAUUAUCAUCUGGGAAAAUUAGAUAUUUGAAACGUUAUUAUCAAGAUUUCUAUGACUUACAAGUCCAAUUAUUAGAUAACUUCCCAUCUGAGAGUGGUAAGUUGAGAGAUUCAAGUGGGAACUGGACCAAGAGAAUAAUACCGUAUAUUCCAGGACCAGUCCCAUAUGUCACAGAUAGUAUAACAAGUAAACGUAAAGAGGAUCUAAAUAUAUAUGUGAAAGAGCUAAUCAAGUUGCCAGCCUAUAUAUGUGACUAUAUUGCAGUUCGUCAUUUGUUUAAUAUCAGAAAUAACGGAUAUGAUAGAGAAGAGAUUAUAGAUAACAAUGGCUUAUAUAGUCCAACUGAGAAAACAGAAGUACUUGAAACGGCUGUAAAUAAUACCAAUUGUGUUAAAAAUGAUUCCGUAAAUAAUGUAAAUAAUGAGAACAGCACAUUAACUGGAGAAGAUUUAAAGAUCACAGAAAAGGUUUCGAAAUUGUCCAUAUCAUCAUCAAAUUCUAGAUCCAGACCUCCAAGUGUUGCACCACCACCCUUAAAGCCAGUAAAAAUCAAAUUCUAUUAUAAGAAUGAUAUUUUUGCGUUGAUGUUAAGCCCAAACAUAACGUACCAUGAACUUUGUAAUAAAAUUGCUCCAAGGAUCGAUAGCGAAAACUUUAGACUACAAAUCCGAUUACCAGAAGGUGAUUCAGAAGAAAUUACAUCAGAUGAUCAAGUAUCACAUAUCAUUUAUUCUAAACUGAAAAUAUCAGUUCAUGAUCUAAAAUAA